AUGCCGCUAUCGUGGUCCGGCCUUGUCACGGCCGGGCUUGUGGCCAGUGCCGCGGCGGUUCAUAGUAACCUCCGGCAAGCAGCUAGUCCGAGCUAUGCUGGCCACAACGCCUGCCCUUUGUCAUGUGCCGAGUCGGGACCCAGCCCGGCCAACUGGACAGCAUACGGCAAUAUCAAGCAGGCGCAGCGGUGCCAGCAGACGGUAUACUACCACUUUAACAUCCAUGGCAAGGUGGACGAUGCCUCGGCAUCACAGCUGGUGUUUGCUUGCACUGCUGACGGCCCGGCCGCAUUUUCGUCUCUUCCCUCAGACGCCACUACGCACAAGACCUUUGCUGCCGAAACGACGACGCUGGACGCGACAUAUGCCGUGACCCGCUGGGCGAACUUGGCAGCUACCGGGGCUACAGAGGACCUGCGCAACACAACAGACAGCAUGCUCGGCUUUCUCGACAACGGCUAUGGCACGACAUCGAACACGUCCGCCUCGCCCUUCAUCUUCUUUGCGCAGUCGCCCGGCUCUACCGUCGGCAUGUACAUGGGUCGGGCCGUAGACGGCGUGUCUACCGGCACGGCAGCCCUGGAGGGUCUGCUGAACCUGCUGGACGACCACUCGGCGGCGGAGUAUAGCGGUGUGGCCAUGCAGCUCUGCGGCUCCUUGUUUGAUGCCGACCACAUGGUCGGCUAUCUGGCCACAGCCAACCGCUCUUUUGACGUAGUGCAGGAGGCGCUCCAAACUUGGGACAACGGAACGUGCCUGCCGUACAUUGCGUCGGAGUCGUUCCGCACGACGGCCUCGUUCACGUCUUCGCUCCUGUCCAACGACACUAGCAACUCGACCCUCAAUUCGCGCGCUGCUCCCUAUCAUCGUAACGGCCGGUCCUCGCAGCUGGUGGCUCGCGACGACUGCACCGCCAUCAAGGUCGUAUCGGGCGACUCCUGCUGGGCGCUGUCCCAGAGAUGCGGCAUCUCGGCAGCCGACUUUACAAAGUACAACCCGGAAGCCAACCUAUGCGCGACACUUACGCCCGGUCAGCAUGUCUGCUGCUCGGCCGGCACGCUUCCCGACUUCAAGCCCAAGCCCAAUGCGAACGGGACGUGUGCCACGUACACAGUGGUGGCAGACGACUCGUGCUCGGCCAUCGGUGCGGCCUACGGGCUGACAAACGACGAUAUCGAGGGCUUCAACACCAACACAUGGGGCUGGAAUGGCUGCAGUCUGCUGUACGUCGGCGCCAACAUUUGUCUCAGCUCUGGCGACCCGCCGAUGCCGGCAGCACUGGCAAACGCCUUGUGCGGCCCGCAAAAGCCUGGCACGACCGUCCCAACGUCCGGCACGCACAACCUCAGCAGCCUGAACCCGUGUCCGCUAAACGCCUGCUGUGACGUGUGGGGCCAGUGCGGCAUAACAAAGGAGUUCUGUACGGACACAAAUACUGGAGCGCCCGGCACGGCCAUGUCCGGCACGAACGGAUGCAUCAGCAACUGCGGCACAGAUAUUGUGCAGGGCAGUGCGCCAGCACAGUUCAUCAAGCUGCAGUACUACGAAGCCUUCGGCAUGGACCGUGAUUGCUUGUAUCAGGACUUGUCGCAGUUGAACCUUUCGGAGAUGACGCACAUCCACUUUUCGUUUGCGUCGAUGGACUCGGACUACCAGAUUUCAGUCGGCACCAGCGAGUACGACAAGUACGAGUUCAAUAGCUUCACCCGUCUGGGCGACAGCGUACACAAGGUGCUGACUAUUGGUGGCUGGGCCUUCUCGACUGGCUUGAGCACGUACCAGAUCUUCCGUGAUGGUGUGAAGCCAGAGAAUCGCGAGGCCAUGGCUAAAAGCAUCGUCAGCUUUGUGACAGACAACAAUCUGGAUGGUAUUGACCUCGAUUGGGAGUAUCCAGGGGAGCCCGACAUUCCAGGAAUUCCUGCAGGUAGCAACGACGAGGGCGACAAUUACUUGGAGUUCCUCAAGGUGCUUAAGAACAUGAUGCCAAGCGGGAAGACUGUGAGCAUAGCAGCGCCGGCUUCGUACUGGUACUUGAAAGCGUUCCCGAUCAAGGAUAUUUCAGACGUUAUCGACUACAUUGUGUUCAUGACGUAUGACUUGCACGGACAAUGGGACGUGGGCAGCAGCUGGUCUCAGGAAGGCUGCGAUAACGGCAACUGCCUACGCAGCCACGUCAACCUGACCGAGACGAUGACGUCCUUGGCUAUGGUGACCAAGGCCGGCGUGCCCUCCGGAAAGGUGAUUGUGGGUGUCAGCAGCUACGGCCGUUCUUUUGCCAUGUCCACCGCCGGCUGCUACUCGACUGGGUGCACCUUCACGGGCACAUCGACGGUCUCCUAUGCCACUGCCGGCGUGUGCACCAACACCUCUGGCUACAUCUCGGACGCGGAGAUCUACGACAUCCUCGACGGUACCGACGGACAACACCUGCGGAGAGCGGAGGACGGUGGUCAUCGACGCAUCGACCGCAGCCGCCGGCGCAGCGUGUCAUCUCGGGUCAACCAGUACUUUGUCGACAGUGACAGCGAUAGCAUCAUCAUGGUGUACGACGACAUCCAAUGGGUCGCCUAUAUGGACAACGACAUCAAGAAGGCUCGCAGCAGCAAGUAUGCCGGCCUCAACCUGGGCGGAACCACCGACUGGGCCAGCGAUCUUGAGACCUUCAAUACCGCUCCCAACAACUAUGCCAACUGGGCCGCUUUCCGGGACGCCGUCAAGACAGGCAACUUUGCUGGCGCAGGCUCCAACUCCAUGAACCGCACCGGCAACUGGACUGAGCUCACCUGCACCACCCCGGCUGUCGCCGACGCCGACAGCAUCACCGCUGCCAAUCGCUGGCUCGACCUGGGCUGCCCAACAGCCGUGGAGGAGGCCGUCCAGGCCUGGGCUGCCCAGCUCGCGGCCAAUGCGGACAAUUCCAACCAACAUUUCACGUCCACCGUCGCCGACUUCUUCCACCUAGGCGAGAGUACCAGCUGCGGCGAGAUGUCAGCCACAGGCUACUGCACGUCGCCAAUAACCUGCCAAGCGGUCGCCAAUGUCAACGGUUCGGGACCAGCUGCGUACGAGAUCUGGAACUCGUUUGUGUUUCUGCAUAAUCUUUACUACAACCACUGGUUCAUUAUCGAGGACAUGGCUGCAGUCGACAUCGGCCUCCAUCAAGACGCUUUCGUCGACACGUUUGCGCCCAUUCCGCCAGAUAAUACACAGAAUAUCCUUAACCUGAUUUUGGCUUUUGUCGGCCUCGCUGGCACUGUUGGUGUCUCCUCUCUUUUCAACUCAGUGCUCAAGAGCCUGCCGUACUUCACCACCGACUUUGGCAAGGUUGCCUUUGACAACUACAAGGACAUUUCCUUGGCUCUGGUCAGCUUUGGUGUCUCUGCCAGUGGCGACUACAUUCAAGCCAACCAGGCCAAGUGGACGGCCGAGUCCCAGGAUAGCUUCAAGUCCUUUAUGGGUGACACUAUGGUAGCCUGGCAAGACUCCACCGCGAAUACGCUGAAGGUGCUGUUUAACGGCGAGCCCGACAGCCUGUCGCUGCUGCAAUCGGUCAUUGCUAAUGGCCACUUCAUCGCCGGUGGCGAUCCAGAGACGCAUAUUCUCUCAUCCCCUGGCUAUACCAUCGACGACGACGACGCCUCGUAUAUGCGAGGUAACGUCACCCGCAGCUACUACGCCUACAUGAUUCCCUCUAUCUGGUCGGCCGUGGGAGACAAUGCCUUCGUGUUGGACACGCAAAAAGGCUGCGACGCCGACCGGUCUACUGUCUAUCUGCCAGAUGACGCUGCGACCUACUGCUACGACGGUACGAUGUACGGAAUUGUUUACCCGCACGGCUAUGCCCAGUCAUGCUCCAGUUCCGAGACCGGAAGCGUAUGCACUAAGAAAGCCUUUUCCAAUCCCCCCGGCAUCGAUUCUCUCGACGGCACCCAAUGGGGUGGUGUGACGGUUGAGGACUUGGUCGUCGGCUCUGUCCGCACCUAUAUGCAGAACAACAAUCAAAAUGGUGGCCGCACCGCCGAUCCGAGCGAUCCAGGGUCGCUCGAGGACCUCAUGAAUGGUGACAUCACAACGCCGGGCUAUAUCAUCAUGCCCGUGUGCUCGGCCGAGUACGCCUGGGCAAACUGGAAGGCUCACGGCGCCAAGCCGUCGGGCGUGAACUACUGGCCAUGCGGCGUCUACCCGUCGCCCAAUGAUUGCCAGACCUCGUCAUUUACCGACCAGACCAGCAGCGCCUCGCCGACUGUCGAAGACUGCAUGGGCAUCGCCAACAAUAUCAGAGGCACUCAAGGCCAGUGGACCAUUCAAACGGCCGGCAAAGCGCAGCACAAGAUCGCGUCCUAUGGCAACUGCAAGUUUGGCGUCCAGGCUACCAACCUGCACGGUGAUAUCAGCUUCAAAGUCGGCGCUCAAGACAUUGUCGACAUCAUCACCAAUGCCGUCAGUCUUUACGGUGCCAGCGGCAAGAUUGGGGCCAAGGGCUAUAUGGACUGCGAUGGCAACAUCAGCACGCAGGACAUGGAGUGGGGCAUCUACUAA